AUGUCCGUCCCUCCCACGCCGACGACGGACAAGGGCACGAGGGAAGGCUUCAUCCCGCUUGUUUCCGUCGUCGACUUUCACCAUGCGCGCGGCCCUGAAGUGGAGAGAUGGUUCGGCGUCGACGAGGGCCAUGAUCCGGCCGCCGAAUACGACUGGACCCUGUUGCCCUUCAUGGCACUGAGUGAUGGCGCCCACGCCCUAACCGAAGACUUCUCCUACUUCACGCUCCUCCGCCCGGCAACCUCCUCCGCGCCCGCCACCUCGCUCUUCGGCAUCUCGUGCACGCGGCAGAUGGACGCCUCGCAGCUGCUCAACCGGCCCGCCGAGGUGACGCGGUCGACGGUGCAGAAGGCCGUCGUGGUCAUCGCCGACAGCCCCCAGCACUUUGGCAUGCUGCGCGAGCGCCUCAGCGUCGUCACCAAGGCCUGGUUCCUGCAGCGCGAGUUUACCGACGUCGAGAUCCUGCGCCGCUUCCAGGAGAGCCUUGCCGAUGAGAAGGCCCGCGGCCUGUUGCAUGAUGAUGAAGAUCGUGAUCAGUAUCUGGGCCUGAGCCUGCGGGAGCUGGUGCGCGAGUUUAGGUGGCAGACCCUGGUCCUGCUGAAGUGUUGUUUGCUGCAGCCGAAGGACUCAGCCGGGCCGGAGCUAGAUAACUACGAGAAGGGCCUGUCGAUGCCGACAAGCCUGAGGACAAGCGACCGGAAUUCGUUGCUGUCGUACAUGGGGCUUCCGUUGCAAAUAUUUGGCAAGGGAAGUCUGUUUGGCCCCUACACACCCCUCCAGCAGCUUGAUGUCCUCGCCGAUUUCGGGACCAAGUCGUACAUCGUCGGCAGCACCAACUCGCUCCUCCUACAACAAAAAGACCGCUACAGUGACAUCCUGAUCAACCUGGACGAGGAUACCAUCAACAUUACCUCACCCUCCCUAAAAACCGCCCUACAGCUCUCCACCCCUGACCGCCGCUGGAUCGAUUUCAUCACGCAAAACGUCAACGACACAUGGGACGACGCUAACCCGUCCCGACCCAAGACCAUGGGCUAUGUCGGCAGCGAGGAGUUCAUCCGCGUACAGUUUGAGGAAUAUCUGCUAUCGCUCAUCUCGUCGGUGAAGUACCGCGCCCACCUCGCCCGCCACGCCCACAACCCACGCAUGCUCCUCCCCGACAUCGACGGCGACCCCUCGGCCGACUUUGCUCCGGAUUUUGUCGACGCCUGGUCUCGUACCGAGAACUUCCGCCUCUGGAAUUCCCACACCGACUCGCACCUGUUUGACGUCGUCGAGCCCAAGCACCCGUGCGCCGGCGGCCUGACCAUCGACGACAUCCAGCGCCGAAUCACCCAACAGGUCCACGACUUGCACUGGGAUGAGCGUUUCGCCCAAGGGCGCGAGGUACUCGGCAGGAACCUGGCUGCUGGCAGGGAGAAGGCGAGCACCUUGUUUGGGAAGCUAUACUCAGAUAUGGAAGCACUUAGGGAGGCACAGAGGAGACGAAACGAAGAGACACGACAACAACAACAACAACAAAACCAAAACCAACCAUCCCAACCCACCGCCGCUGUGGGUGGGGAAACAACACAAAACGGGGAAAAGAACGGCACCAGCCCCGCCGCCCCCGACCUCACCAAGUCCCAACACACCAUUACAAGCCGUCGGCAGCAAAGCCGGCGCCUUCGUCAACAGCUGGGCCGCCUGGGCCGGCGAGAAGCGCCGCGCCGCCUGGGGAGGGGGGGGGAGGAGGACGCGGCGGAAACCGCUCCACCACUGACACCACCACCACUACCUCGGCCUCCACAUCCUCUCCUCGAAACAGCACCAGCGGGUGGAGCCAAAAACAACACAAACCGCGGCAUCAGCGGCCUCGGCGGCAUCGGCGGCAUUGGCAGCGGCGGCGGGUAUGACGCGCUGCCGCUGGCGGGCGGGCGGACCGACCAUGCGGGGGACUCGGAUGACGAUUCUGAGUCGGAGUCGGGGCUGUUGGAUCAGAGGAGGAGGGGGAGCGCGGUGAGGUCUGAGUCUGUCUUGUCGUUGUCGCCUGUUUCUUCGCCGGGGAGGGUUGGUGGUGGUGGUGGGCGGCCGGUUCCGGUGGGGGGUGUUGUUCCGGUUCCUGUUCCGUUGACGGAUGUUGUGGGCGGUGGUGGUGAUGGUGGCGGGUGGUGUGAAGACGAAUGGCUCUGGCGCGGCUGGGCAUCCAAGUAUACAGUUCUAAGCACAAACAUCACGGGGACUCCUCUCCCUCCCCCCCCUCCAUCCCCCACACCAUCACCGGCACCACAAACACCGCAACCAGCAAACGAAGAAGAAGAAGAAGAAGGAGAAGACAAACCCAACACAACCGCGUUACCAUCGCGGCCGAAGAAUCAACAACACCCGGAGGAGGAGGAAGAAGAGGAAAAGGAAGUGGAAACGGACGACGACCACCACCACCAGAACCACGCAAAAACGGGGCUUGCAGCGCGCAAGCCAGUCCCCGCGAUACGCGCCGACCCAGACUCAGACUCAGACUCGGAUCCGGAACCGUCCCCACCGUUGUUGCCGCGGAAUCCGGUCGCUGCGGAGGCGGCUGAGGGGAGGGGGGCGUGGGAGAGGUGA